UUCCGUUCGCUAGGUGUUUUUCUCGAUCUGAGUACUAGGAUUAAUUCAAACGGCACGGCCAUGUUUAUUGGCGGCGGCUCCACGCCGAGCAUGACGCCUCCGAUGACGCCGUGGGUGAACUGCAAUACGCCACGUUACUUCUCGCCCCCGGGGCAUGUCAAGAACUUCGGCUAUGGAUAUGGCUGUCUCUGUCUAUCAUUUAUUGAGCGCCAUGACACCAGGAGGACCUAGUUUUCGCCAUCGGCCGCCUCGGAUGCGGGCUUCUCGCCCAGCUCUCCGGCACCCUCGAUGUCCCCGUACUACCCGGCCUCGCCCAGCGUAUCGCGAUCGUAGUCGCCGACGAGUCCCAACAACACGGCCUCGUCGCCCGGGGGGGCAUCGCCCAACUACUCGCCUUCCAGUCCCAACUAUUCGCCGACAUC